UCAUCUUCAUUCUCCCUUGCCAUUUCAAUCUCUCACACUCUGUACGAAGAGGGACGCCCGUUGGGGAGCUUCUUUCUCUCAUUCUGCUACAAUGGAGAUUUUCUACUUCUUGGUGUUUGGAACAAUGUCUCUAGUUGUUGCAGCUCUGGAGCUCAGCAAAACCAACAAGGACCGGAUCAAUACGCCCUCCGCUUUCAAUUCCUUCAAGAACAAUUACCUUCUCGUUUAUUCUCUCAUGAUGGCUGGGGACUGGUUGCAGGGACCAUACGUAUACUACCUUUACAGUCAGUAUGGCUUUGGUAAAGGAGAGAUCGGUCAGCUUUUCAUUGCUGGUUUUGGGUCCUCCAUGUUGUUUGGUACAAUUGUUGGUUCUCUUGCUGACAAACAAGGUCGAAGGAGGGCUUGCAUUACUUAUUGUAUUACAUACAUUCUGAGUUGCAUCACCAAGCAUUCUCCUCAAUACAAGGUUCUAAUGUUGGGCCGUGUUUUGGGAGGUAUUGCCACUUCACUCCUCUUUUCAGCAUUUGAGUCAUGGCUUGUUGCAGAGCACAAUAAGAGGGGCUUUGAACAGCAAUGGUUGUCGAUUACAUUCUCAAAGGCUAUAUUCCUCGGCAAUGGUCUUAUUGCAAUUCUUGCUGGGUUGUUUGGUAAUGUACUUGUUGAUAGUCUAUCUCUUGGACCAGUGGCACCUUUUGAUGCCGCUGCAUGCUUUCUUGCAAUUGGUAUGGCCAUUAUUAUGUCAUCUUGGACUGAGAACUAUGGAGAUAUAUCAGAGAAUAAGGAUCUGCUUACCCAAUUCAGGGGUGCUGCCGUUGCCAUCGCAUCUGAUGAGAAGAUCGCUCUGCUGGGUGCUAUUCAAUCUCUAUUUGAAGGUUCGAUGUAUACCUUUGUGUUCCUCUGGACACCUGCUCUUAGCCCAAAUAAUGAGGAUAUCCCCCAUGGCUUUAUCUUUGCAACAUUUAUGUUGGCUUCAAUGCUCGGAAGUUCCCUUGCAUCUAGGUUGAUGGCUCGAAAUUCACCAAAAGUUGAGAGCUACAUGCAGAUUGUUUUCGUUGUCUCUUCUGCCUCUCUUGUACUUCCGAUCGUGACCAGUUUCUUGGUAGCUCCAUCAGGUGAGAAAGGUGGAAGCAUCUCUUUCGCAGGCUGUAUACAGCUGCUUGGCUUCUGUGCUUUUGAGGCCUGUGUUGGUAUAUUUUGGCCUUCCAUAAUGAAGAUGAGAUCCCAGUACAUUCCUGAGGAGGCUAGAAGCACCAUCAUGAACUUCUUCCGCAUUCCCCUCAACAUCUUCGUGUGUGUGGUGCUGUACAAUGUGGAUGCUUUCCCCAUCACUGUGAUGUUUGGCAUGUGCUCUAUUUUCCUCUUUGUGGCAUCGAUUUUACAGAGGCGGCUUCAGACAAUUGCUGAGAAACCAAAGAGUGUUGAAUGGGGAAUAAACGUAAAGAAUACUGAGACCGAUCCUUUAAACAUCUAAGUGAUGUCGAGAAGGAUGGACCACCGGUACUUAUUGGGAGGUCAGGACGUGAACCCUUGAAUUCAUCUGUAUACAGCAGCAGCAGCAGCAGCUUCCUUCUUGAGUAGCUGCUGGUACAAUAUUUGAAGAAUGAAACAGUACACGAAUAGUGGUCUGCCCAUCCAAGAAAACAAAUUGAAAGGGUAAAGGCUUAGUUUACAAUUUCUGUUUUCAUCAAUUUUUUUUGGUUUCUUCAUAAGUCAUUUAAGUAGUAGGUUGUUUAGGGAUCUCCUCAGCCAUUGUUGUGGAGAAUUUUCCGAGUUCAUCAACCCUGGAUUUAUCUGUACUUGUUCAUCAAAGAUUCCAAGUUUUCGUUAUGCAUUCUUUGCCUAAUUAGUGUCAUCAUUUUUUUUUCUCUCU